AUGGCUGUGACUCAGAACAGAGACCAGGAAUCCUCAACUCAAAGACAUGUCCUCACGUACAUGGAGGAUGCAGUGAGCCAGCUGCUGGAGAACAGAGAAGAUAUUAGUCAGUAUGGCAUUGCCAGGUUCUUCACUGAAUACUUUAACAGCGUGCGGCAGGGAACACACAUCUUGUUCCGUGAGUUCAGCUUUGUUCAAGCCACUCCUCAUAACAGGGCGUCUUUUCUUCGGACCUUCUGGAGGUGUUUCCGCACAGUAGGGAAAAACGGAGAUUUGCUAACAGCACAGGAAUACCACUGCCUGCUGCAGCUACUCUGCCCUGACUUCCCAAUGGAACUCACUGAGAAAGCAGCAAGGAUUGUGCUGGAGGAUGAUGCAACGGAUUGUCUGAUGUCUUUUUCUGAUUUCCUCUUUGCUUUCCAGAUCCAGUUCUACUACUCAGAGUUCCUGGAAAGUGUGGCUGCUAUUUAUCAAGAUCUACUGGCUGGUAAGAAUCCAAAUACUGUGAUUGUGCCAACAUCAUCCUCUGGGCAACAUCGGCAGCGCCAACCCCCAAAUGAUGGCAGCCCACUGGACGGGGUAGAGGCAUCUCUUUUCUAUGAGUGCCUAGAGUCCUUGUGUGACAGAUCAAAAUACAGCUGUCCACCUUCUGCUCUUGUGAAGGAAAUGCUAAGUAGUGCACAGAGGCUGACCUUCUAUGAAUUCCUGAUGGCACUUGCAAAGGAUCAGAGGAUCAACAGAGCUCUAGGGGCUUUGCCAGAUAAAGGAGACUUGUUUCUGGACCCUGCCAUGGAUCAGGAACUUGAGAAAUUGGUAGCUCAGGUUUCAGGGCUUUCUGUCUCCGGUCCCACCAGGUGUGGGGGAGACACACCUAGUUUGCCUGUCCGUACCUCACCCAGGAUUAACUCACCUUGGAAACCUCUGCACCAUCGGAGAAAAAUGGAUGCUGAGAGUGAAGGCUCCAAUGAAGAGACAGACUCCUCUGAAAACUGA